AACAAAGAAGCAAUUCUGAAAAUUCUCUCAUCCCCGCUUCUGAACCUAGCCUUCCUCUGUCUCGAGCUCUAUAAUCCUCGACGGCCCCGUGUUAAUGCUUUAAUCUGUAACACUCUCUCCAUUCAGAGGGUUACUCUUUCUCACACUCUUUUAUUUUUUCUUUAACCUAACUUCAUUCUUUUCCCGGUUUCUUCAGAACUCCAUUCUCGGCUUUCUUCGAAGCGUUGAGCUAAAGGAUUUGAGGACUCAAGACAGAAUCACUGCACCAAAGUAGCUGUUAUGUGGAUGCACUUGUUGCAUGUCUAAGUAAUAAGAGAAACUUUAGUAGUAAUGCUUCUGAGCUGGUUAUUAGAGAACCUAAGACCAAUAGCUGUGGUUCAAAUAACCCCUCUAGAAAAUUGGGCUCACUUGGUGGUAUGUUAAAAUACACAUCUGUUGAAACUUAUUCAGUCCUUCAAGCAAGCUGCCUUCAACAUUGGUUCAAAAACUGGCAAGCACUAAGGAGAAACAAAUUGACAGCUAGCACUUUUGCUGCUGCUAUAGGGUUUUGGCGUCGGCAAAGGGUCCAGCUGUGGUUAGAGAAGAUUGGUGCUAUCGAACCUUUCUCUGGAAACCUUGCCACCUGUUGGAGCAAUAUCAAAGAGGAGGAUGCACUUGAAAGAUACAAACUUAUAACUGGAAAUACCGUGUUGUUUCCUGAAUUUCAGGUCUAUGAUGCACACCCAGAAGACAGCUGGCUAGCUGCUUCACCUGAUGGUGUAAUUGACAGUAUGGUGCAUGAGUUGCCUUCUUGUGGAGUACUGGAGAUAAAGUGUCCAUAUUUUGAUGGGGACAUAAGUAAAGCUUUUCCUUGGUUUCGAAUUCCAAUUCACUAUAUUCCUCAAGCUCAGGGUUUAAUGGAGAUUCUAGAAAGGGAUUGGAUGGAUUUUUAUGUUUGGACUCCUAAUGGUAGUAGUCUAUUCAGGAUAUAUCGCGAUGCCGAGUAUUGGGAUUUAAUGAAAAUAGCACUAUCUGAUUUCUGGUGGAAGCAUGUCCAUCCAGCGAGAGAGUUAUAUAGUAGUAAUGUUAUAACACAUCCCCUAUUUCAAUUAAGAUCAAUGAGGCCAGCUCCUAGACAUGAAUUAUGCAGAGAUAUUGUUUAUAAAAGCAAACACAUUGCUGCUAAUUCUAAGUUGUUGAUGCGGGAGAUACAUGGAAAGCUGGUAAAUUGAUGCCUCCAGCUGUUAGAGAAGAUUCAUUAGAGUAGUAACAAACUCUAUAUCAUAGAUUACAUGAUAUUUGAGUGGUGAGUGUGAAUCAAUAUAGUUCAUGAAUAAAGUGAUUUUGCCGAAGAAGAAUGACAUUAUGAAUUUGUUGUGUUGAUUUGCAGAUUUAAGUAGUUGAUUGUUAGAUGUGAUUAUUGCAGUUGGGGAGUGGAGACUGGAGUGAGACAGGCUUAAAAGGUUAUAGAACUAUACAAAAUUGAGAAAUCUGAUAUUGAGUAAGAGGAGAGAGUUUGACAACAAGUAUACCUGUAAUUCUCUUCAACCAUUUUUUUUGUUUGAUCUUACAGGCUAUCUUCAGAUUUGUGGUGACUGUUAUCCAUAUUGUGACUUGUGGCUGUAAUUGCUCUUUGGAUUCUCAGGUUAUGGAGGAUUCAGAGCAAAGGAAGAAAAGGCUGAAAGAAAUGCGCGUGCAAGCUGAUCAAGCUGAAGUUUCUGGUGGUGUGGAAGGUUCUGUGGUGCCUGGUUUUCUCUCAAAUCCCCUGAUGGAAGCUCCUUCAACUAUGCCAUCACAGGAUAAAUCAUAUGCUGCUCCAAGGUUUGACUAUUAUACUGAUCCAAUGAGUGCCUUCUCUUCUAACAGAAGGAACAUUGCCAGUAUACAGGCUGCACCGGAUAAUUUCCCUCCUUCAAAAUUUGGUGGUUCUCCUAUGGCACAAUAUUCAUCACCACAUCCAGGUACUGAAUCAACAAAUCCACAGAGGACUCCGCAUCCCAUUCAAGCUUCGCCAGCAGCAUAUAGGAAGCCAGUUUGGAGUGGACCUGGUGGCCCUGCUCACUAUAACUUCCCAAUACAUCCAUCAAGUGGUGGUACUUAUCCAAGCCCUAGAUUUGAACCAUCGGGUGGUCCAUUAUAUAACUCCGGACAGGGCAUAGCUCACCCGCCCAGUUACAGUCCUAAUCCUCCUUAUCCAGGAUAUGGUGACAGUCCUAGGCCCAGUUACAAUCCUAAUCCCUCUCCAGGAUAUGGGAACAGUCCUAGGCCCAGUUACAGGCCCAAUCCUUCUCCAGGAUACAGGAACAGUCCUAGCCCUGGUCAAGGGCGAGGCAGGGGUUUCUGGCGCAACACUGGAAGCCCUGUUUCAGGACGGGGUAGUGGACAAGGACCGAAUUUUCAUGGUCAUCGGUCCAACGAAAACACAGCUCGUGGUCCAGAUCGAUUUUACAAUAGGUCCAUGGUUGAAGAUCCAUGGGAGCAUUUAGAACCUAUAAUAUGGAAGGCAAAUGAUGGUUAUUUAAACACUUCACGUAUACCUCUGAAUUCACAACCCUGGAUUUCAAAAGCAACAAGUACAAAAGGGGAGGGAUCAUCUGCUGCUUCUGUCAAGUCCAGCUCUGAACCAAGCCUUGCUGAGUACUUGGCUUCUGCAUUCAAUGAAGCUGCCAAUGAUGCAGAAAAUGUAUGAUGACAGCUGGUCGUUUCAUGAAGGGCCCAUCAUGAUGUUACAAAGGGAAAAGAAUUUCCAACCAGUGAAAAAACUAAUUUCAAGUCAUUGGCAUUGAUGAAUACCAAGGGGGUCAGUUGUUUCGUGUUACUGUUUGUACUAAUACAUCAAACAUCAUGAGAAAAUUUUAGGGAUGUGUUCAGGUUACUUGGCACGGUUUGAUCAGUUGACCUCUAAUUAAUUUUGUACUAUCUAAAAUGCACUGUAAAUGUACUAGUGCAGAUAAAAAGUCCAUUCAUAAUUUGGCUAAAGGAGAAACUGCAAAACUAUAAUCACAUAGAGCGCAGCCGCGCAGGUAUGUGGUGAAAUCAGUCAGCAUUUAAUUGGCCGCUGGGUAUAACAUCGCAUUUGCACGUUUGACAUUUA